CGCCAAAAGGCUGGAAUAAGAAGAGAAGGGGGCGCUGCUUCGAGAGAGGUAGCCCCGCUAGCUGAAGGAAGUGUCUGUUUCCACUCCAACCUGGAAGUGAAAGGAGACGCCGGUCGAGCGGAGGCCAAGCCUGUUUGGGAGCCCGAUCGCUUGCCGUGGUCCUGGUACUGUCACUGCGGCCAUGUUCCAAGGAGGCAAGCUGGAAGUGGCAGGGGCAGGCGGCAGCCUCCGGAAACAUCGGCGCUCCAGCGAAUCGCUGCCCAGCUGCAGCUCCCAGACAAAUCAUAAAGGGCAGGAUCGGAAGGAGCAAAAGCGAAAUAAACGGGUUGUGCAACAAAUCCAACAGAUCCAGCAUCUGGAGUCCUUCUAUGAGAAACUUCCUCCAGGGCUAAUUAAGGAAAAUGAGACUAAACCAGAAGACUGCAUUCCUGAUGUACCUGGCAAUGAAAAUGCACGAGAAUUUUUAGCACAUGCUCCAACCAAAGGAUUAUGGAUGCCUUUAGGAAAAGAGGUCAAGGUUAUGCAAUGCUGGAGAUGUAAACGAUAUGGACACCGAACAGGAGAUAAAGAAUGUCCUUUCUUCAUCAAAGGCAACCAAAAAUUAGAACAAUUCAGAGUAGCACAUGAAGACCCCAUGUAUGAUAUAAUAAGAGAAAAUAAACGCUAUGAAAAAGAUAUGAGGAUAGAACAGUUAAAACGGUUGCUUGAAGACUCUACAUCAGAUGAAGACAGCAGCAGUGAAAAUUCCAGUUCUUCAGAGAGUCAGGUGAAGCACAAGAAGAAGAAAAAGAAAAAGGAAAAGAAGAAAAAAAAGAAAAAGAGAAAACGCCGAUCCUCUAAAUCAAGCAAAAAGUCUGAAUCAGAUUGAGGAGAUAGUUGCCUUUAUGUCAAUAAGUUAUAAAAGAUCCAAAGAACAUUCCUUCAUUUCUGUUUUACCUGCAUCCUCUUCCUUUCUUGUGUUGGAAAACCACAACAACAACAAAACAAGAAAGUUUAUUUUGUAUCUGUAUGAGAUGCUGCUAAAGAAAACUGCUUAAUUUAUACUCUGACUUGAAUCCUGCAGACUCUUUUUAGCUAUUUUUGUAAAAGGUCCUCCACCCUUAACUUUAAUAAUCAAUCAGUGUAGGAAAGGGGAAACAACCAAUAGGAAGUUCCAAACUACCAAUAGGAAAGUUCCAAAAAUAACUCUCAAGAUUUACACAAAUAUCUUUUCAUCAAAGUUUUAUAUGAUUUCAAACCUUUAUUGUCAGAGUACAACAUACAGUGAGAUUGGCUGAACCUCUCUUCAUGCAAUCC